AUGAAUCUUCAUUUAAAUGGAAUUUUAAAACAAGACAUGAGCUUUGAAGUUACGUCUGCGGCAUCUGCAGCACUCAAAGUGAUGCAGACCCAGCUAAAAGAGCUUAGAGACCAAAAUCAGCAGCUUCAAAACAAAUUUUUCCAAUGCCAGACGAAAUAUAAUGACGAAAAAUCUGCAUGAGAACAAGAAAUGGACAGGCUAAGUCAGCUUUUUCAUGGGAGAGAACAAGAUUUAAUAGCCCAGCUAAACCUUAUGAGCGAUAAGGUGCUUUUAUUAGAAAGCAGCAAUCGGAAGCUUGAAGACGACGUCAAAAAUCUGCGGACAGAGGCCAAAAAUAAUGCAGAAAAAGAUGGGACUAUCAGUCUCUUGCAGUCUGAAAUCAGAAAUUUAAAGCGGCAGCUCAGCUCAAAAGAAGAGGAAAAUGAAUUGAUUUUGAGGCGUGUCCAGCAGCUUGAAAAGGAAAAAAGAUCAUUAGAAAGCGACUAUGAUAUGAAAAUCAAUGAAAAAAUAAACAAUAUGUCAGGUAACACCUCUUUUAACUACUCCAGAAGAGAAACAGAUAUUUCUCGCAGAAAAGACGAAGAAGAGUUUCCUAUGAAAAUCCAAAAACCCCAAGUUUCACUUGAAAUUCCUGAAAUUGAUGGAGAAGCUGACAGGGUUGAAGAAGAAUUGGAAAAUUUAAAAGCAGAGUACAGAAACUUGAAAAAUAAUUCUUAUCAAUACGACACUGAGUGGAGGCAGAGAAUGGAAAAUAUCAUGAAGCAGAUCGAAAACAAAAGCGAAGUCUUGCUGAGACUUAGAGAAUCCCAGAGAAAGUUUCUAAAAUCCAGGGCAAUAGGAUAA